AUGCGUAUCAACUCUGUUGCUGCCGCCCUUGGUGCGGCCAUGCUGGCUGGCAAGGCCUAUGCUGAGGAUGUCCAGGAUGACAGCGCGGCUGCAGCCGCUUCCUCCGUGGCUCCGGAGCUGCCGACCUUCACGCUCCUGAAGCCCACGAAACUCAAGGCCGACUUCCUCGAGCAGUUCACCGACGACUGGGAGAAGCGGUGGAAGCCCUCCCACGCCAAGAAGGACAUGAAGAGCUCCGGCAGUGAGGAGGAGGAGUGGGCUUACGUCGGCGAGUGGGCCGUUGAGGAGCCUACCGUCUACAAAGGCAUGGAGAACGACAAGGGUCUCGUGGUCAAGAACAAGGCGGCUCACCACGCCAUCUCGGCCAAGUUCCCCAAGAAGAUUGACAACAAGGGCAAGACACUUGUUGUACAGUAUGAGGUCAAGCUUCAGAACGGCCUGGAAUGCGGUGGCGCGUAUCUGAAGCUGCUCCGCGAUACCAAGGCGCUGCACCAGGACGAGUUCGCCAACACCACGCCCUACGUCAUCAUGUUUGGCCCGGACAAGUGCGGCCACACCAACAAGGUCCACUUCAUCUUCAACCACAAGAACCCCAAGACUGGCGAGUACGAGGAGAAGCACCUGAACAGCCCUCCCACUGCUCGCAUUGUCAAGACCACGGAGCUGUACACGCUCAUUGUCCACCCCAACAACACCUACAUUAUCCAGCAAAACGGCGAGAACGUCAAGGAGGGCAGCCUCCUGGAAGACUUCACCCCGGCCGUCAACCCGCCCAAGGAGAUUGACGACGCCAAGGACACGAAGCCGGAGGACUGGGUUGAUGAGGCUCGCAUCGCGGACCCCGAAGCCAAGAAGCCCGAGGACUGGGAUGAGGACGCUCCGUUCGAGAUUAUCGACGAGGAGGCCACCAAGCCCGAGGACUGGCUCGAUGAGGAACCGCUGACGAUUCCCGAUCCCGAGGCCCAGAAGCCCGCCGACUGGGAGGACGACGAGGACGGUGACUGGCUGGCCCCCACGGUGCCGAACCCCAAGUGCGCCGAGGUGUCUGGCUGUGGCCCGUGGACCAAGCCCAUGAAGAAGAACCCUGACUACAAGGGCAAGUGGUCUGCUCCUCUCAUCGACAACCCGGCGUACAAGGGUGUCUGGGCCCCGCGCAAAAUCAAGAACCCCGCCUACUUCGAGGACAAGACGCCCGCCAACUUCGAGCCCAUGGGCGCCAUUGGCUUUGAAAUCUGGACCAUGCAGAACGACAUCCUCUUCGACAACAUCUACAUCGGCCACUCCGUCGAGGACGCCCGCAAGCUGGCCGAGGAGACCUUCUUCGAGAAGCACUCCGUGGAGCAGCUGCUUGAGCUGGCCGACAAGCCCAAGGUUGAAGAUGAGAAGAAGCCUCUGGCGUCCGACCUCAAGUUCCUCGACGACCCGAUUCUCUUCGUCAAGGAGAAGAUCAACGCGUUUAUCGCCAUCGCCUCGGCCGACCCCAUUGAGGCCGUCAAGCAGGUGCCCGAGGUUCCUGGCGGUAUCGCUGCCCUUGUAAUCGUCCUGCUUUCUGGUCUGUUCGUCCUCGGCGGCAGCGCUCCUGCUGCUCCGGCCGGUAAGCCGGCUGCGACCCAGAGCAAGGGCAAGGACAAGCAGGAGGCUGUGGUCGUUUCGGGCGUCGACACUGGCAAGGAGGGUGCCACCAAGCGCGCGACACGCAGUCAGUCCUAA